AUUAAUAUAUUUUGUAACUACAUCAUUGAUAAUGGAUGUGUCAUCAAACCCUACAACUUCUCAAGCAAAUGCAACUGAAAGUCAGUAUCCCGAACCAGAAGUAAGAGUUCGACAAAAUCUACAAACUCAUAAUGUGCAUGAUGAAAAUCAAGCUGUACAUAGACCACCUCUUAAUUGGAGAACAACUAUGAAAAUGGAUGAAAAGCUGAAUAUCUGUCGUAUUUAUUAUAUUGCAGGAUUUUUCUUAUUACCGAUUUUCUGGUUGGUUAAUUUUGUAUGGCAUUACAAUGAUGCUUUCCUAGCUGAACCAUUUGAAGAACAGCCUCAAUUUAGACGUUAUGUUUUAAGAUCCAGUAUUGGCUUUAUUUUCUGGUCUGUGUUAAUUAUUGGUUGGGUGUUUUACUUUCAAACACAAAGAAAUUAUUAUAACUGGGACUACUUAACCUUUAAUUUCCCAACUGGAUCAGCUUAAACUGAGAUUAAGCUAUUCUCUAUUACUAAAGUAUUUUAUUUUUAUACCUAAUGUAAAAAUAAUGUUUAUAUGUUUUUUAUAACAAAAAUAUUAUUAAUUUUUAAUUAAAAACCUAUUAAAAUUGUAGAUCAAAUAUCGUUAUUAUUCUUUGUGUGUAACUAUGAAUGAUGAUUUGUGUCUUAAUUGAAAAAAAAUGAAAUGGAAUAAA